CUCUGUAGUCUGUACCAAAGCCUAAAAAAAUGGUCAUUGAAUACACUAGACAAAGUGUAAGCACCAACCCACUGAAACAAUUAAAACUCUCAACAAACUUCAUCUAUACAUUUUCUAUUAGCUUCUGCAGCUUCACUAUGAAUCAUCAUUCAUAAUUUCUUACCAUCUUCACCCAACCACCUAAACAACACUUGUUUAUAAUUAAUAUUUAUAUUUAGAGUCGGGGCUUACUAAAUAUGGCAAGUGAGAUCAUGUUCUGGUUCUUGUUUGCUCAUCUUGUGCUACAAAUAAUUCACGUAAAUGCAAAAGUUCCGGCCAUUAUUGUGUUCGGAGACUCUUCGGUGGACUCGGGGAACAAUGACUACAUAUCUACAGUUCUAAAGAGUAAUUUUGCGCCUUAUGGUCGGGAUUUCAAUGGUGGAAAACCCACCGGAAGGUUUAGUAAUGGUCGGUUACCAACAGACUUCAUUUCUGAAGCUUUCGGACUCAAGCCGUUAGUACCAGCAUAUCUAGAUCCAGCGUACGACAUAAGAGAUUUUGUUACUGGAGUUUGCUUUGCUUCUGCCGGCACUGGCUAUGAUAAUGCUACAGCAGAUGUGCUAUCUGUAAUACCUCUUUGGAAGGAGAUAGAGUACUAUAAAGAAUACCAGAAGAAGCUUAGAGACUAUCUAGGACAUGAGAAAGCUACUGAAAUUCUUGAAGAAGGACUCUACCUUGUCAGCAUCGGAACAAAUGACUUCCUAGAAAACUACUACCUAUUGCCGGGGAGAUCAUCCCAGUUUUCCGUCAGGGAGUAUCAGAAUUUCCUUGUGGGAAUAGCAAGAAAAUUUAUUACGGAUAUUCAUCUACUUGGAGCUAGAAAGAUUUCUGUAAGCGGGCUUCCUCCAAUGGGGUGUUUGCCUUUGGAAAGAACAACAAACAUAUUUUUCGGAAGUGAGUGCGUCGAAGAGUACAACAACGUAGCCAGGGAUUUCAAUGAGAAGUUAAAUAGAAUGCUCAUUGAGCUGAACAAAAAUCUUCCUGGGAUCAAACUGGUGCUUUCAAGUCCCUUUGAUAUUCUGUCAAAGAUCAUAGAUAAUCCAAGUUCGUACGGAUUUAAUAAUGCAGCAGAAGCAUGCUGUGGAACUGGACUGUUUGAAAUGGGUUAUAUGUGCAAUAGGAGAAAUCCUUUUACAUGCUCAGAUGCAAAUAAAUAUGUAUUCUGGGAUUCCUUCCACCCAACAGAGAAGACUAAUCAGAUUGUUGCGGAUUAUGUAGUCAAAAACUGCUUAACUCAGUUUCUGUAAUGAUAAGAAAAUUCAUGCUAUCGGUGUAACAAGUAUAGUUCUAGUUCUAGUCCUUGCUAUUUUUUUCAAAUGGUUGUACUAUCAUUUCUGUAAACUAAUCAACCAAAGAAUACUCUUCCAAACUUA